AGAUCGCCACCAUCAUGGACACGAGUCGCAUGCAACCCAUUAAGCUGGCUAGGGUAACCAAAGUGCUGGGCAGGACUGGCGCGCAGGGACAGUGCACACAGGUGCGCGUGGCAUUUAUGGAUGACACCAGCCUCUCUAUCAUCCGAAACGUCAAAGGCCCUGUUCGAGAGGGUGAUGUGCUCACCCUGUUGGAGUCAGAAAGAGAGGCUGGAGGUUGCGCUGACCUUGCUGCUGGGUCCUGGAUAUCCAACACUUGGCCCACGAUGACCUGCAACUAUUAAAUAAAGCAUUUGUA